GAAGCUGUGUGCAGGAGGAUGGUUGUGAAUGAGUGCGGGUGUACCAGCAAGCUUCACUGGAUGCAGUGAGCACUAAUCCUCGUGAGGAAAAAAAGGAUAGACACAAGUGAACAGGAGACAGAAGAGUGAAAAAUUUUGCCCUUCACACUUCGGCUGCGCUCGCAGGGCAGGUGCAAGCCCAGUAAACUACUGUAGUAAGCCUAUUAUUAAUGUACGUGACAGGAGUAUCUCCAUAAAUGCUACAGACCGUAGCAGGACAUUUUGUUCGUUUGAUUUUCCAGAAGAAGGGAAUUGUGUCUUUAAUCAGAGGUAGAGAAGUCAGGAAAGGUUGAAGGGCAGCUUUGGGAGCACAGAGAGGGGGAUUCUCUCUGGUGAAAAUGAGCCUGGACCCUGUAAAGGUGAUGAGUGGACAGAUCAAGGAGGUCAAAGUUGCCCCUUCGUCCAACGGGGACAGCAGAGGAUCAUGGGAAGAGAAGGAAGAGUUUGAUCAAGACCACUUGGGCCUCAGCACCAAGCCAAAACCAGUGACAGGGAGACGAGCCCGGAAGGUGGAGGGAGGCGUGUUCUUCCCCAAGCCACAGAACGCUGUGACCGUCGCCGUUUCCUCUCGAGUCUUGUUUCGGACUGAGCGGGAGCAGAAGGUGUUUGAGCAGAAAGGAGUCGAGGAGUAUCUGAGGUACCAAAUCGAACACGAGAACGAACCCUUCGCCCCGGGACCUGCGUUCCCCUUCGUCAAGGCUCUGGAGACAGUCAACGCUCGUCUGCGGGAGCUGUACCCAGAAAGUGAAGAACUGUUCGACAUUGUUUUGGUGACGUACAACCAUGCACACGUAGGAAUCCGGCUCAUCAACACCAUCAACCAUCACAACUUGUUCAUUGAGAGGUUCUGUAUGACGGGGGGAAGCAGUCCUAUUGGUUACCUGAAGGCCUGGCACACAAACCUCUACCUGUCCGCUGAUGCCGACAAGGUCAGGGAGGCACUGGCUGAAGGCAUCGCAGCAGCCACUAUGUUCAUGUCAGAGAAGUUGACAGAGGUAUCAGAGUCCCAGCUGAGGGUGGCAUUUGAUGGCGAUGCCGUCCUCUUCUCAGAUGAAUCUGAGCGCAUCUUCAAGGCCCACGGGCUGGACAAGUUCUUUGAACAUGAGAGGGACAACGAGGACACGCUACUGGAUCAUGGUCCUCUGAAGGGCUUUCUGGAGGAACUAGGAAAGCUCCAGAAAAAGUUUUACGCUAAAGGCCAGCGCCUGGACUGUCCUAUCCGAACAUACUUGGUCACGGCUCGUAGCGCAGCCAGCUCUGGGAUCCGAGCGCUGAAGACACUCAGGGCCUGGGGCUUGGAGAUCGACGAGGCCUUGUUCCUUGCAGGAGCGCCGAAGGGCCCCAUGCUGGAGAAGAUCAGGCCGCACAUCUACUUUGAUGAUCAGAUGUUUCAUGUGGAGGGAGCAGCUGAGAUGGGCACCAUCGCUGCCCAUGUGCCCUAUGGCAUUGCACAGAAACAUAACCACAAACACAACACCGGUGGGGGGAAGUAGACAGCAGGACCUCAGACGCCAAUAGCACAGUCAUCCGGCCAGAAACAGAACAAGAGAAGAAGGAUGUGAUGGAGAAACACAGAAGAGCAAAGUGGAGUUGAGAGGAUAUAUUAUGUGCUUAAAAAUGAACUGAAGUCUAUGUGGAAAUGCAUCAUUUCCAAACUGUAACAAUUGUAUUGUUAAGUUUGUUUUAUAACAAUGUAAACUGUCUCAGCUCAAUGCUUUUGUGUUAGGAGUUAGAAAGGCUACAGGACCUGGCCCUGAGAUGAUCCAGAUGCCAAAUGUCCCUCCCUACAUUUCAAAGCCUCAGUCUACUCAAGUGUUUUGUCAAAUCUUACUUUAUACAGGAAUUUUGAAGGUGCUUGAUUGCCACGGUGACCUGCAACUUUUCUCACAUAUAAAGAAGACACCUCUUCAGUGAUUGGUGGAGGAAACCGAAUGACUGGCUUCACUGAUAUUUACAUGACUCCUGUUUAAGUAAAUACUAAACUGUAUGUUGUCACUAAAUGAGCCAUAAGCACAAUGCGGAGAUAUUAUAAGUGGAAAAUUAUAGUGAUGUACUGUAGCACAAGAGUCAUAAUUUAAAGUUUAUGUCAGUGAUUUUACAGUCUCACUUCAAAAGAAUGUAAAAUCGUUUGUUUGCCACUAUACAAAAUGUGUUGUAUAUUACUCAUAGCAAUAUGAUCUAUUAUUGUGCUAGUCCAAAACAAAUAUAGAAAGCCAUAAGUUUCAGUUGGUGCCUUAGUUUCAAUGAAGACACUAUUUUGAGCUAUACUAGUGGUCAGUGCAAUACUUUUGUCCAGAAUGAAAUAUCUCUAAAACAGUUGGAUGGAUUAAUAUGACAUAGGUUGACCAUAUUUUCAAACCCCCAAACCGGGACCCUUAAGUGUACUGCACAUUCAUGCACAUGUAACAUGUAAUGCACUCUAGGCCUUUUCAUCAGGAUGGGGGGGAAUUAUUCAAACGCUUUGACCUAGUAGCACACCUACUGCGUUCCUUUCAACACCAUGGAUGCCACGAGUGCAGCAUUUUUGUUGACAGCUACGUGAUGAAGGAGUAGCCUUGUAGAGUUCUUAAAAAAGACAGACUUUCGCUUCAGCACAACUGUUAACACACUGACAGGUUCUGUCAGAAAGAGCUGCAAGCGUCAUGACGCUUGCCUAUGACUCAUAGGCUAGCAAUAGCCUUGACAGCGACACAUUGAUUGAUUGACACAUACAAACAAAUGAGUGUUGAAUUUAGAUGAGUUGUAUAUUGUUUAUGUUUUUAUUUUGGGUUAGGUAAUAAUGAAUAAACAUUUAUGUAAGCGGUGAAAACAAUACAAAACUGGGACAUUUUAGUGUUUGACAGAUUUUUUUCAGGACUCGGGACUCCCAGCUUGAAACCGGGAGAAUCCCUAACAAACACGGGACGUCUGCUCACUGUACCAUAAAAUUCAGGACAGACAUUUAUGCAGCACAGAGAAUUAAUUAUUACAAUCUAAAGCGAAUGACUGAUCCCAGUUCGCCUCAACUGUACAUGUUAUCUUUAGCAUGCUACAGUUUAUCCUCUUAGCUCGUUAAAUUUGUUUCAUAUUACAGGUGAAAGUGUAUUAUUUUAUUAUUCUGUCAGUAACAGUUCAAAAUUGAAUGUAAAUUAAGACUUCAGUAACACUUCAGUUUAUGACACAUUUAAACUUAACUGAAUUCCCAGCAGUUGCAGCAGUACACUACCGUUAGCAUGCUAAUGUUAACGUUCUUAAAAGCUGAUUAAGCACAGGGUAAGGUCUGAAAUGUCCCUAAAAUGGCUGCUUUGCUCACUCAGGCCAAAUGUUAGGCUACAUUUUUGCUACACUAGUGGUAAGAAUACCGAAGUUUUAUCUCCAUAGUUAAUCCAUCCAAAACUUUUCCAGUGCAUAUAAUGAGUAUUACAGCCUUACAAACCAUAUGUCUAUUCUUGUUUAAAAGUCACCCCAGUUGCUAAUAUGAGAGCAUUAUAGCCUCUGUGCAGGGUGUUGCAGUUUCUCACCAACUGAAGUAUCACAAUAACAGAUGUUCAACAAGCAGCUAGCUUGAUUUUACUGCCCUCUCCUGUAUAUCAAAGAUACUACAAAUUCACCCUCUGCUGAGGUGCCAUUGAUUGAUGUAUGUCGUAAAGUUUAACCAAUUUAACUACAUCUGGCAAUGAACACUCAGUGGUUAUGUUAAUUUGUCUUUCUGCAAUAGGCUGCAGUGGAUUCUUGAAAAUGUCAGUCCACUUCACAUCACUCUGUCACUGCUGGCAAGUCUUCCUAUCGGUACAUUUAGCGAUGCUUCAUUACCCCUCAUCAGGCCUUCUGAUGGCCUUGAAGCUUAGGAAAGUAACAAGCAAUCCACCAGUUUAAUUUCCCAGACAAAACAAAUAAUUGAACAUGUGUGUUUUUGCAGACAUUUACCCUAAAUGGAUGGAUGACUUAUCAGAGGAUAAAGUUCCAGCAGGAUGAGCGAAUUAGUCAGGGCAGUAUGGACUUCAGGAGACAUUCAGGAAUAGAUUUUUGCAGAUGAAGCAAAGUUUAUGACAACUUUAUUGACACUUGUGAAAAAAAAUUGCAUUGCAAUACGUAAAUGUAGAUGAACAACAAAUAAAGAUGUAAAUUAAA